GUUACGUAACCCUCUAUGCCAGUGCCAAAUUGCAUGCUCUGGAACUCAAAAUCCAUUGAGAUGAGAAUAUCUUUGUGAAGACCCGUAAGCUUGAUGCAGAUAUAGAUAUAGUGCUUCUGUUCAACCCAAUAAAUAUAUUCAGGCACCAAACAUACAUUUAUGAUACACCAAAGUGAAGCUCGUCCACUCAAGACAAGAUUAUCACCGGCCCCUUUCCAUUCACAAACCUAAGAGCAAGAAGCACCUGUCACUGAACAACUAGCCAACCAACCAUGAUGCCUGUUCAUGGCCUCAUCAUCUCCCUCAUUUUUGUGUCCAUUUUAGCCAAUGAGGCAAGCUUGGUCCAAGAGGCAAAUGGGUCAUUUCCAAUGGUGCCCUUGAUGGAGGCUGGGAAGAUGGAGAUGAUGAUGAUGAUGAAUGAGAGCAGAAGAAAACUAGGAAGCUUCCAGAUAUGUGCCUUGUGCACCUGCUGUGGUGGAGCAAAAGGGGUUUGCUUGCCCUCUCCUUGUUGCUAUGCCAUCAAUUGCAACAUUCCUCAUAGACCUUUUGGCUUCUGCUCAUUCACACCCAAGACCUGUAAUUGCUUUGGAUGCCAUCUUUAGUCCCCCUAUAUAGUCUUAUAAUAAUAAUUUGAAAAAAAAAAAUUGAGGGUAUCUUUAGUUAAUUCUGCUGCAAGUGUGAAUGGGAAAGUGAAGUGAAGAAGAAUAUCUGUUCUUGGUUAGUUUGUUUAUUACUAUUAGUCAUAAUUAUCAUUUUGGGAUUGUUAUUUCCAGGAAUUCUUUUUGCUUUCUGCUGUGCUCACUGGGAUUUGUUAGAGGUGCCUGGAGAUAUAGCACAUUGUCUGAUUUGUCAGAAUAGCAAUAUAUGAUAUAAUUAUAUGUAGUACAUGGGGAAUCAAGAAGACGUUGUCCCUUUAUGUGGAGAUACUGGGGUUCAUGAUAAUUUUUCACUUUUUUGAAUGAUUAUAGUAAUGCAAGUGCUCAGUGAGGCUGUCGUUUGGCCAGGACCAUGAUUCAAC